AUUAAAGAGAAAAAGAUUAGACCUUUGAAGAAUCAGAGAGAAAAGAGAGAGUCGAUUCGUCUCAGUAUAUCUAUCACCAAGCGAGAACAUUGGAGAAGAAAAAAAUCAAAACUUUGAAGGCUCAGAGAGAAGGACGUUCGAACUAAUUUACCUUCUUAUGUCGCUCUCUACAGUAUCUUCCGGUGUGGGCGUUCUCGAGCUCCCAUGUUUGCGUCUGUUACCAAUCUCAAGCACCCAAAUCCAGUUUCUCACUGUCGAAGCUAGAAAACAACCUAGAAGAAGAAGACGAGAGCUCUCCUUUAGCCACUUUCCGGUACUUAUCCACUCGAAUCUUCAUCUCCGUCAUGGUUUCUCCGAACUCAAUUCAAGUUUUGAUCGUUCCCACGGUGGAGAAACUGGACACUCCGAUACAACAGAAAAAAGUUCCGUCGCUUCUUUUGAAGAUGGUGAAGAAGUGAGGAAAAAAAGCUCUUCAAGUGUUGGUGAUAGCUAUGUGGCCUUGUUUGUUCGAAUGCUUGGUUUGGACAAUGACCCUCUUGACAGAGAACAGGCCAUAGAGGCGCUAUGGAAGUACUCUUUGGGUGGAAAGAAAUGUGUUGAUGCGAUAAUGCAAUUUCAUGGUUGUUUGAAUCUUAUUGCCAAUCUUCUUAAGUCAGAGUCCAGCUCCGCCUGUGAAGCUGCUGCUGGGUUGAUACGGUCUAUAGCUUCUGUGAAUCUGUAUAGAGAAUCCGUUGCUGAGAGUGCAGCGUUGGAAGAGAUUACAGCUCUGUUGAGCCAGCCUUCGUUAGCUACAGUGGUGAAAGAGCAAUGCAUAUGUGCUCUGUGGAAUCUGACUGUGGAUGAAGAAAUUAGAGAAAAGGUUGCUAAGUUUGAUAUCCUUAGGUUACUCAUUAGUUUCCUUGAAGAUGAUGAUGUAAACGUAAAGGAAGCAGCUGGUGGCGUCUUGGCCAAUUUAGCCCUUAGCCGCUCAAACCACAAGAUUCUGGUUGAAGUAGGAGUCAUACCCAAAUUGGCAAAACUAUUGAAAGGCGAUAAUACAGAUAACAAAGGGUCUAAAGUUAUUAGAAAAGAAGCAAGAAAUGUGCUUUUGGAGCUCGCUAAAGACGAACACUACAGAAUUCUCGUCAUUGAGGAGGGUGUCGUACCCAUUCCCAUAAUUGGUGCAGACUCUUACAAGUCUUUCAGACCGGAUCUGUAUUCUUGGCCUAGUUUACCAGAUGGUAUAAAGAUCGAGCAGACAAGAAAAACUCCUUCCAGAUUUGGUGCCUCUGAGCUACUCCUUGGUUUAAAUGUUGACAAGAACGUUGAUGACGUAGACGAAGCCAAAAUGAAAGCAAUUGUUGGGAGGACAAAUCAGCAGUUCCUUGCCCGUAUUGGAGCAAUUGAAUUUGAGAAGGAAAUUAAAUCUGAAGGGCCUGGGAAAUCUCAGCAGCUUACUCUUCUUCCUUGUGUAGAUGGUGUGGCUCGUUUAGUCUUGAUUCUUGGGUUGGCAGACGAAUUGGCAGUUACAAGAGCUGCAGCGUCAAUUGCUGAUGCAUCUAUCAACGAGGAUAUGCGGAUUUCUUUCAUGGAAGCCGGAGCUGUAAAGCCUUUGGUUCAGCUUUUAGCCAACAACAACAAAGAGACUGUUAAAUUACCUGUUAUCCGUGCUUUGAAAAAUUUAUCUCUUAGCCGCACUGUUUGCCAGAGGAUUGAAGCUGAAGGUGCAGUAUGGUUUCUUAUUAAUCUUCUGAAGCAGCCAAAGGUCUCACUUACCCUUACGGAACAGAUUCUGGAUAUAGUUGCUCAUAUCUUAGAUCCUAGCAAGGAAAUGGAAUCCAAGUUUUAUGAAGGGGCGGUGAAUGGAUCAAAAGCAGACUCCAGAGAGGACGUGCUGGAUGCUGCUGUUUUUUCUCGGCUUGUCCAGAUUGCGAAAACAGCCUCUCCUAACCUGCUAAGAAAGGCAAUCUCUAUCAUCGAGUUUGGUAUAGUCACUAAUUCAAACAUGGACACGAUCAUCUCCGAGGAUAUCACAACUGUUAUGGAUGUUGCUCUCCGGCAGAAAGUCCUGGAAGAACCUGAGAAUGAAGCUGAGGAGUUAGAGAAACAUCUGCUUGAGUUGGAAGAAGCUGGUUUAACGAUUACUGCUGCUUCAAGGCUACUGACCAGACUUCUUGACUCUGAGUGUUUUCGCCAAAGUAUGGAUACGACGCUUUACACAGAAUUACUAAGGAAGAUCCUAAGAUCAAGCCUCCCUCUACACUACAAAGACUGGGUUGCUGCUUGUCUUGUCAAACUCAACACUCCCUCCUCCCUCUCUCAAUCCCUUAACAGCCCAAUCAACAUCGAGGUAACUCUCUACAAAACGAUCCCAAGUCUUGUGGAACAACUGAGCUUCUCCUCAUCUCCAGAAGCAAAAGAAGCAGCAGUUGUGGAACUGAACAGGAUAAUCACCGAGGAAGUUCCAGAAUCAACCCAAACUCUUGCUUCACAAGGAGCGAUCGAGCCGCUAGUAAAGCUUCUAGAAGAAAGAAACGAGCGGUGCGUUGAAGCGAGUUUAUCAGUACUGUAUAACCUAAGCAUGGACAGUGAGAACCACACAGCCAUCAUAAGAGCAGGAGCUGCACCAGUAUUGAGACGUAUCGUUAUGUCUCAAAGACCACAAUGGGAGAAAGCUCUUCGGCUACUCAGAAACUUACCCGUUUGAGACAAGUUACACAACUUCUUGAAAUCACAACUUCGUGUCAUGUAAAUUUUGGAAUCGCUCAUUAGAAUAAUAAAAGAUAUAUAUAUAUAUAUUUUUUUUCUU